GUAAUCUUAUAAAAUAGGUAAAUGUAUAAAUACAGUUGCAGUCUAUUCUACCUUUUUUGUUUAUUUAUUUACAAGCUUUCUCUUUUUCUCUUCAUUUUCAAUUCAUUUUAUACGUUUUUUUUUAAAAAAAAAGUAAUUAUAAGAAAAAUGAAUAAUAAGAGUGAAUCAUCAUCACCAUGUUCUCUUUCAAUCUCUAUUAGUGCUAAAGAGACACAACACGUAGUUGAACCAAAUCAUGAGAUUCAACAAUUGGCCAAUAAAAAAAUUCCAUCAACUCGAAUCAAUUCUGAUAUGAAUGCAUGUAUUCAUCAAUUCUCUUUAAAUGAUACCACUAGUUCUAGUGAACAUAAAGUGUUUACUUGUAACGACUGUGGUCAAGAAUUUAACCGGGCUUAUAAUUUAAAAUCACAUAAAGCAACACAUUCAGCCUCAAAAUCAUUUCAGUGCUCAGAAUGUCAGAAACAGUUCUUACGUUUACAUGAUUUAAAGCGACAUCAAAAACUACAUACAGGUGAAAAGCCAUAUCGUUGCUCUAUAUGCUAUCGAUCAUUUAGUCGACUGGAUGCAUUGAAACGCCACAAAAAGGCAGAAGAAGAGAGAUCCAAUUGCACCAUUCGAAAUUAUCAUGUAUAUACCUCAUCAUCACCACCAUCUUCGAUGUUAACUCCUUCAAAAUCUACUACCACUAGCAAGGGAAGUCUAUCAUUUAUCACUUCAGAAUGGCAACAACCAUCUAUUUCACCACCGAAAAAUGUUGCAUCAAAUCAAGUCUAUUUACCCUUUAUUCUACCAUCUCAUCAAUCAGAUCCAAACGAACUUGAAACUUUAAGACAAAGAAUACAUGAUUUGGAAAUCGAGAAUCGAGUACUGAGAUCUCUUAUUCAUAAAGAAGAUGAAGAGUUGGCUUCUUGAUACAUUACAAACUUUAUAGUUCAUGUAUUUUAAGAUUAAUUAUAGUUUGACGAAUUUAUUGCAUAUACAU